AUGCCUACUGUCUCCUUCCGACGUCAACGCAUUUUGCCAUCAUCACCACGAGCCAAGAGUCCAGCGCGCGUCGACCUCAAGGAGCAUUGUCCUCCACGCUCCAAGUACACCGCGCACAACGAACCCUCGGUGCGGUCUAUUCUCUCCGGCGAGCGUGCUUUCUUUACGUAG